AGGUAUAAAAUCUAAGACAAUGUUGCAACCAAACUGUAAGAAAAGAGCUUCUCUUGCCACAAAAUCUUCAGAGAAGGAUCAGUUGAGAAUGUUAAAUCUGGAGCAAAGGCUGUCCCUUGGUUCUGAUGAUGAAGUAGAUCUUGUGCAGGAACUUCAAAGUAUGUGUUCCAGCAAAUCUGAGCCCGAUAUAAGCAAGAUUGCAGAUUCUAAGGAUGAGCUACUGAUGUUCAAUAACUCUCAGAACAAUCCUGUAUUUUCAGCAAGUGGUACUAAGCCAAGUAAAACAACAGCACAAAAGGGUGGAACGCGUCCUCUCAGCAGCAGUCGAACUGUGGAAAGCAGCAACAGCAAAUCAAAGACGGAGUUGGGUGUUUCAAGAGUGAAAUCUUUUCUUCCUGUUCCUAGAAGCAAAGUCACCCAGCCUUCUCCGAACACUAAAAAAAGCAGCAGCAGUAAUACAAGGCAAAUAGAGACAGAUAAUAACACAAAAAGAGAGAUUUGGAAUUUGCACAAAAAAGAACCAAUAGAAAAAUCUAAUAAAUAAACCUGCCUACCAUACAAUUUUCUGUGUUCAUAUAAUCUCUAUUGCAAAGAACCAAGUACUCAAAUAUGUAAAUAUUUUUUUAAAAAUAAACUGUAUCCCUGUAAUGUAAAGUUUGUACAGGACCACAGUUUUAUUUCUGUGUAAAUCAGCUGGAAAUUAUAUUGAUUUAAACUUCAGAAAUGGGCAGUUUUGCCACCUUCAUAGAUUUUUUUUUUCUGCUUUUAUGAUGAAAACGACUUGUUUAAAUGAUUAUAUUCAGGGGUAUUACCACAGGACUCUGUUUGUGUAUAUACUGUACAUAAAUAUAUUCUAUUAAGUUCACGUGUUAAACUGCAUUCAGAUGAGUUGCACAAUGUGUACAGCAAUGGCUUAAAGCUGUUGUUCAUGC